AUGAAUGCUGGAAAGCUGCAAUUGAAUUGUGAUUCGUUUGAUCGAAAUUAUGAACUUCAACUUAUUGGAAUUGCGUUAUUGAGUGACAAAACUGACUACCAAUCUUCACAUUAUAAAUCAACGAAUACACUUAGAAGGAAUCGGCUUGUUGUGCGAAAGCUUCGCCUCAAACCGAUUCCCGCGAGUUGGGACCCCAAAUGGACUCCGUCGAGAACGCCGCUUUUUGAUCCAAGAAGAUAUGUCAUUAAUCAAGAAAUUCGCUUCAAAAAGAUCAGGGAUUGGUAUGAAAAACAUCAGGAAGAGUACCCGGAUCUGAAAACUGUGGAUGGAAAGAAAAGGCUUGGAAAAGAUACGGGUGAAGAAGGAGGCUCGUUGAUUUUCCAUGGAACGGCGAAUUUGCACGAAAAGUUGACAAAAGCGUUUUUGAUUUUAGCAAGAGCUUUCAACAGCGGUGAAAUUCCGACAAAUAACCUCAUCAUGAUCUCGUUAAAGUUUUUCGAUGAUUUAGAAUACAGAGAUUCCCGGAUAAAGAUUUCCACAAAUAGUCGCGAAGAAUUGCCACAGAUUCUACGGGAAAUCCACAAAAUCUUGCUCAACGCCAAUUCACCGGAUUUCUUCAUUCGUUACAAAACGGAUGUGGCUUGCUGUUUGAACCGGUACUACAAGGGAAAUCGGCUUGUUGUGCGAAAGCUUCGCCUCAAACCGAUUCCCGCAAGUUGGGACCCCAAAUGGACUCCGUCGAGAACGCCGCUUUUUGAUCCAAGAAGAUGUGUCAUUGAUGAAAGAAUUCGCUUCAAGAAGAUCAUGGAUUGGUAUGAAAAACAUCAGGAAGAGUACCCGGAUCUGAAAACUGUGGAGGGACAGAAAAGGCUUGGAAAAGAUACGGGUGAAGAAGGAGGCUCGUUGAUUCUCCGCUUUUUCCAUGGAAAAAAAAAACGACACGAAGAGUUGACAAAAGUGUUUUUGAUUUUAGCAAGAGCUUUCAACAGCGGCGAAAUUCCGACAAAUAAGCUCAUCGUGAUCUCGUUAAAGGUUUUCGAUGAUUCAGAUGACGAAGAUUCCCGGAUAAAGAUUUCCACGAAUAGUCGCGAAGACUUGCCACAGAUUCUACGGGAAAUCCACAAAAUCUUGCUCAACGCCAAUUCACCGGAUUUCUUCCUUCGUUACAAAACGGAUGUGGCUUGCUGUUUGAACCAGUACUUCACGGAUUUCUUUAAAAUCGAGUGUCCACAAAGUCACCGUUCGCAACUCCCACCAAGCCCCGCGGGCCGGAUCUGUGCGCAAAAUGAGGACGUCAACCCGAAGCUAAUUCGGCCGUGCAACUGCAAGGAAUCCGUCGCCUACAUUCACAACCGAUGUCUACUUCAAUGGGUCACGACAACAACCAAAAAGCAGAAAUAUGACGCAGAUUUGAGAAAAUCUUUGCUUUGGUCGUCAGAAAUGGUCUUUUCUAUCUUCCAAAUAUCGUCGGCUCUGUUAUUGGAAGCAUCACAAUCUGGUAUAAAUUGUGGC